AUGGGCCCGCCAGCCCGGACGUCUCCCCCCGCCCAACACUGCUGGAUCGCUGGACCGCUGAAGGGCCUCGCCUCGCUGCCGAUGCUGGCUCCCGCCCAACGCAUUCUCGGAUUUGCGCCCACCUACCCCGACUGUCCGUCAUUGUUGCGCUCGCCGCGAGUCAGCUCGGAGCAGUCGACAGCAGUCUUCGCGCGUGGCCAGACCGUGCAGCAAAGGCGACAACAAUAA